CACGCAAGAUGUCCAAAAAACGUUCUCAAACUUGAGAGGUGUCGAGGCAGAGUGACACACCAUCUUUCUCCCCUUCCCGUGACACUGCACUUCCUCUCUGAGAGACUCGAAAAAAAAAAAGAAAAAAAAAGCUGCACAUUUAGAUGGUCUUAACCACCCGAAGUCGCAUGUCCACCGAGCUCGCCAUCCGAUCAUUUGCUGUUGCAUUUUGUUUUAUAAUGCAAGGCAGUUGUUCAAAUGGAUGUUUGUUUGCUUUUCUUGGCUGCUUUCAUUCCAGGGGUCCACUCACUCGGAAAUGACAACUCCGUCGUUGCCGCUUCAAGUUUUGGGGCUCACAUCUACCGGCCUGUCCUGCGCCCUUUGGACGUUCUCCCUCUGAUCGGAACCUACACUGUGACAAACCCACGGGGGGAACUGUGUGUCAAAGCUACCCUGGGAGCACAGUAUAUUGUCAUCAUUAAGAAGAAGAGCUGGUUUUUCAACUUGGACCCUCUCAGGGUCCACGUGAGUGGGUCCUGUCGCAGGGAAUCGGCCGUCUUGUCUCUCACCCUCCCCGAUCAUGCCGCCAGCCUGCAGUUCACGUUCAAAAAGGAAAAGAAUCAGUUCCACGUCACCAAGCUGACAGCUUCAUUGUCUCCUCGGCCCGUCUGCUUCGGAUGUGCAAAUAAGACUUAUUUGGGUUCGGUGUCCCAUGGCAAGCUGUUUGCGGCGUCUUACGGUCGAAGCUUUAGGUGCAAAUCCACAAACGUGCUUCAGACAUCUUCAGAAAUGAGCAUUAAAUUGGUAUUUCUUCAGAUGCAGGCAUUCGGUGUGCCCGGUGGACAUUAUGGAGAAGUGGACGAGUGUUUGGCCGAUUAUAAUCAGAGGAUCAUCCCCAUCAUCCUUUGGGCUGUGGCGGUUGGCCUUUUAAUGAUUGCUCUCCUGACUUUCUUAUUGUUGAAAGAAAAUCGCACUGGUGGCUACGAACGUCUCUGAGCUCUGUCUGGAAUUGUUUCUAUCAUUUGGUAUUUUGAUGUUGUCGCUCAGUAAAAUCUCCUGAAAUUAUGGACAA